AUGUUCCUACGUACUUUCUUUACCAUUUUGUUCAUAUUAGCUAUUAUUGAACUUGUCGUUGAAAUUUUAGUAAUCGUACCACAUUGUUUUUUUGAUUUAAAAUUUGAAUCACAAAAUCAUUCAAAUGAAACAGCGGUAGAAAUAUCAGGUAAAGCUGCUGAUCAUGUUCGUCAAUUGUUAACAAUAAGUUGUAUUGGUUUAAUGAUACUUAUUAAUGUUAUUACUAUGAAAAUUGUGGUUCAAUGA